GAAAUUCAAAUGCCUGAGAAAUUAAAAUAAUAAAUAAAUAUGAUUUUUCAUUUCUGUUUUUCAUUUUCUCUGCUUUUUGGGUGAAGCGGAGAGCGAAGAGAAGCAAAAAACUGGCGGACGUCGGAUAUCCACACGCCUUAAAUUGUUUAUUCUGUUUUUAUUUUCUCUCAUUUUCUCGGAAAUCAAACAUCCACUGCGAGACCGGAGUACUCCGACCAGAGGUUACACGUAAUUUGGUUUGUAAAGUGCUUCAUUUGUAGAAUAACAUUGUCGUUGUUCUUCUUCGUUGUUGUCAAGUUUACUAGGGUUUUGAGAUCGAUCGAAGCCUUGAAGAAGGAAGUGAAGAUCCGAAGUGAUUUGCUGAAGGAUUGGAGAAAAUGAUGCAGAGUUCCCAGGUCUCACCUUCUCUUCAGUCUAUCAAAUCACUUCCAGUUGAUUUUAAGUGCGUAGAUUCCCAAAUCCCUAAUCAGCUUAAAAAGUAUGAUGAUGCAAGAGUGCAAAGUAGUGAUGCAAUUGGUUCAAAUAUUCCUGAAGAUGGGGAUAGAGGUGGAAAGGAUGUUGAGGGAGUUGAGGAUUCUGUAGGAAAUGUGCUACACAUUACUGAUGAUUCACCAUAUGGUGGCAACGCUGCAUCAAUUGAAUAUAGGGCCUCUAUCAGUGAUGAAGACAUUGAUUCUCUGGCUUCUCCUUUGCCUUCAGUCUCAGCAUUCCCUCGUGAACAGUGGUGGGGUAACACAACCUCCUAUGCUGCAAAAAAGAAGCCGCAAUCUUGGUUUCAACUUCCAAAUGGGAAUUGGGAGUUAGUGAAGAUAUUGUCAGCUUCUGGGAAUGAGUUUGUUAUUUCACUGCCUGAGGGAAAAGUUCUGAAGGUUAAAUCUGAACAUUUGGUACCAUCAAACCCUGAUAUCCUUGAUGGUGUGGAUGAUCUCAUGCAACUCAGUUACUUGAAUGAACCAUCAGUGUUGUAUAAUCUUCAAUAUAGAUACAACCAAAAUAUGAUAUAUACAAAAGCAGGUCCAGUGUUGGUCGCUAUCAAUCCCUUUAAGGAAGUUCCUUUAUAUGGUAAUGAUUGCAUUGAAGCUUACAAGAAUAAAUCCAUUGAGAGCCCACAUGUGUAUGCCAUUACUGACACGGCCAUCAGGGAAAUGAUACGAGAUGAAGUGAAUCAAUCAAUUAUUAUAAGUGGUGAAAGUGGAGCUGGAAAAACGGAAACGGCGAAGAUAGCAAUGCAAUAUUUGGCUGCUCUUGGUGGUGGUAAUGGAAUUGAAUAUGAGAUAUUGAAAACCAAUCCGAUAUUGGAAGCUUUUGGCAAUGCAAAAACAUUAAGAAAUGACAACUCGAGUCGUUUUGGAAAGUUGAUCGAGAUUCACUUUAGUGAAACUGGAAAAAUAUCUGGCGCUAAGAUUCAAACUUUUCUACUAGAAAAGUCUAGAGUGGUUCAAUGUGCGGAGGGUGAAAGGUCAUAUCACAUAUUUUAUCAGCUUUGUGCUGGGGCUCCACCUGCUCUCAGAGAGAAACUAAACUUGAAGACUGUAAAUGAUUAUAAAUAUUUAAGCCAGAGCAAUUGUCAGUCAAUUAUUGGGGUUGACGAUGCAGAGCAGUUUCAUAUUGUUAUGGGUGCUUUGGACAUUGUGCACAUUAGCAAAGAAGACCAAGAGAGUGUAUUUGCAAUGCUUGCUGCUGUACUGUGGCUGGGAAAUGUCUCAUUUACUGUUGUCGAUAACGAAAAUCAUGUUGAAGCUGUGUCAGAUGAAAGUCUGAUCCAUGUCGCUACAUUGAUUGGAUGUAAUGUUGAGGAGCUAAACCUAGCUUUAUCAACUCGCACAAUGAGAGUUGGCAAUGAUAAUAUAGUGCAGAAGCUAACCCAAUCACAGGCUAUUGACACAAGAGAUGCCCUGGCAAAAUCAAUAUAUGCUUGUUUGUUUGACUGGCUGGUCGAGCAAAUUAACAAAUCACUUGCGGUUGGUAAACGACGAACUGGCAGAUCCAUCAGCAUCCUUGAUAUUUAUGGUUUCGAAUCAUUUGAUAGGAAUAGCUUUGAGCAGUUCUGCAUAAAUUAUGCGAAUGAGCGAUUGCAACAGCACUUCAAUCGUCAUUUAUUCAAGUUAGAGCAAGAGGAGUAUAUCCAAGAUGGAAUUGACUGGACAAAAGUUGACUUUGAAGACAACCAAGAUUGCCUUAAUCUUUUUGAAAAGAAACCGUUGGGGCUAUUAUCUUUAUUGGAUGAGGAGUCUACUUUUCCAAAUGGAACAGAUUUAACAUUUGCCAACAAGCUUAAACAGCAUCUGAGUUCUAACUCUUGUUUCCUUGGAGAACGAGGCAAGGCCUUUUCAGUCUCUCAUUAUGCAGGGGAGGUUACAUAUGAAACCACUGGUUUUUUGGAGAAGAAUAGGGACUUGUUGCACUUAGAUUCCAUUCAACUCCUAUCCUCUUGUUCAUGCCAGCUUCCCAAGAUAUUUGCAUCCACUAUGCUUUCUCAAUCUGAGAAGCCUGUGGUUGGUCCUUUAUAUAAAGCAGGUGGAGCAGACUCCCAAAAGUUGAGUGUUGCAAUGAAAUUCAAGGGUCAACUGUUUCAAUUGAUGAAACGCCUAGAGAGCACUACACCUCAUUUCAUACGUUGUAUAAAGCCCAACAAACUCCAAUCUCCUGGACUUUACGAGCAAGGACUCGUCUUGCAGCAGUUACGAUGUUGUGGAGUCCUUGAGGUUGUUCGGAUAUCAAGGUCUGGCUUUCCUACUAGAAUGUCUCACCAGAAGUUUGCCAGAAGGUAUGGUUUCCUUCUGCUGGCAGAUGUUGCAUCUCGAGAUCCUCUUAGUGUUUCAGUUGCAAUUCUUCACCAGUUCAAUAUCUUGCCUGACAUGUACCAAGUUGGCUACACGAAAUUAUUUUUCAGAACGGGACAGAUUGGAGUGCUGGAGGAUACAAGGAAUUGUACUCUCCAUGGUAUUUUACGUGUUCAAAGCUGCUACAGAGGAUAUCAAGCUCGUUGUUAUGUCAAUGAGCUUAGAAAAGGCAUUGCCUCCCUGCAAUCAUUCAUUCGAGGAGAAAAGAUCAGACAGGAGUAUGCAGUUUUGCUUCAAAGACAUAGAGCUGCUGUUGUUAUCCAAAAGCAGAUUAAAGGUUCUAUCUUGAGGACACAAUACAAUAACAUUUACAAUGCAUCAAUUGUAAUACAAUCAGUUAUCCGUGGAUGGUUGGUCAGAAGAUGCUCAGGUGAAAUUGGACUGCUGAAAUCAGGGAGUGCUAAGGGGAAUGAGUCAGACGAAGUUCUGGUGAAGUCAUCAGUUAUUGCUGAACUGCAGCGUCGGGUUCUUAAAGCUGAGGCUGCUCUGAGACGGAAAGAAGAGGAGAAUGACAUUCUCCACCAACGUCUACAGCAAUAUGAGGCACGCUGGUCUGAGUACGAAUUGAAAAUGAAAUCCAUGGAAGAAGUUUGGCAGAAACAAAUGAGGUCCCUGCAGUCCAGUCUUUCCAUUGCAAAGAAGAGCUUAGCCAUUGAUGACUCAGAGCGGAAUUCUGAUGCAUCAGUUAACAUGAGUGAUGAAAAAGACAGCUGGGACACAGGAAGCAAUGACAAGGGUCGAGAGAGCAAUGGAGUCAGACCAAUGAGCACAAGUUUAAGUGUCAUAAGCCGGAUGGCUGGAGAGUUUGAGCAAAGGAGUCAAGUAUUUGGUGACGAUGCGAAAUUUUUAGUGGAGGUCAAAUCGGGACAGAUUGAAGCAAGUUUGAACCCAGACCGGGAGCUAAGAAGGUUGAAGCAAAUGUUUGAAGCUUGGAAAAAAGAUUACGGGGCAAGGCUUCGAGAAACUAAGGUAAUUCUGAACAAGCUUGGGAAUGAAGAAACUGCCGUAGAUCGAAUGAAGAAGAAGUGGUGGGGAAGGAGGAAUAGCUCAAGGAUAAAUUAGUUUACUCUAUAAUUCUGAAUUCUGAUACAGUUGUUACACGGUUCUCGUGUAUGCUCCGAUUUGUAUAGUCAAAAUUAUUGCGUAGAGAAAUUGUGCCAAGAAAGUUUUGAUGUCACACGCAGAGUGGCUCUAUUGUAGAAGAUAAAAAUAUGUUCAUUUUUUUUGUUGUUUAUUUUUGAGUAAUUAUCACAGUAAGGCUUGUGCUUUCUUACCAUAUAAUUUCUUGGUCAAGGAUAUUUGGAACUUUAUUGUUAAAUUAAUUUAGUUAUUACUUAUUAGUGA